UCUGCGCCGGAAGUCAAGCGCUGCGCAUGCGCACUUCCGCUCCACAACAGCGACUUGUUCGGUGCAGCCAGAACGGUCUGUACAGUUCUUCAGCGGCCAUGGCGCUGAACAGGAACCAUUCGGAGGGGGGUGGUGUCAUCGUCAAUAAUAGUGAAAGCAUCUUGAUGACUUAUGAUCACAUUGAAAUAACAUUCCACGAUAUGGAACAUAUGCCAGAUGCAUUCAAAGGGACCAAGAAAGGCAGUGUCUUCCUGACGCCAUAUCGAGUUAUCUUUGUGUCUAAAGGAAAAGAUCCAAUGCAGUCAUUCAUGAUGCCCUUUUAUUUGAUGAAAGAUUGUGAAAUUAAACAGCCGGUUUUUGGAGCAAAUUACAUCAAGGGUGUAGUGAAAGCAGAAGCAGGAGGUGGUUGGGAAGGAUCUGCAACAUUCAAAAUGACAUUCUCAGCUGGAGGUGCCAUUGAAUUUGGACAGCGCAUGCUGCAAGUGGCAUCUCAAGCCUCAAGAGGCGAGGUCCCCAAUGGAGCCUAUGGUUACUCAUACAUGCCGAAUGGGGGCUAUGCCUUUCCACCCCUUGCUGCCAAUGGGAUGUACCCUUCUCCUCCCUCAGGAUACCCAUACCCACCACCACCUCCUGCAGAGUUUUAUCCUGGCCCUCCCAUGGAUGAAGCCAUGGGGUACAUGCAGCCUCCUCCACCUCCCUAUCCUGGGCCCAUGGAGCCACCUGCUGCUGGCCCAGACCUUCCUUCCACUCCAGCAGCUGAAGCCAAGGCUGCAGAAGCUGCGGCGAGUGCUUAUUACAGCCCAGGCAACCCUCAUAAUGUCUACAUGCCCAUGGACCAGCCUCCUCCUCCUCCUUACUUUCCACCAGAUGACAAGAAAACCCAAUAAACAGCCACAACACAUUGCUUCCUUAUUUCCAUUUGGCUAAAUGUUUAUUAGGGAUAUGACCGUUGUAAGGAGAGUCUAUCUCCCUCCCGUGCACGUAACUCCCACAAACACCAGUGGUAGAUACGUGUGCCAUAAGGAAAGAGAUUCUAAAAUUUCCUGGAGCGUCACACACAAAACCUAAGAAUUUGCUCUUCCUUCUAUAUGAUUGAGUAUUCAUCAUGAUGAUAUAAUGGAGAGGUCUUGUUCUUUCUCUCCCAUCCCAUCUUUCAACUGUCCUGGAGAACACUCUUUCCUUCAUAAAGACUACUUCAAACUGAACCAUAGCAACAGAUGUUGAAAUCAGGUUGAUGACACUUUGACGAGCUGACCAGCUUUCAUGUGGUGAAGUUUCAAAAGAAAAUCAACUUAGUGAGCUGCUGUUAAGUUCUUCAGUGCAUGAACCCUUCCACAUUACAACCAGGGAAAUGCACUGAUCUUCUGACAAGAUUGUCUAAUGACACAUACUUAGACAAUUGGUCCUAUUUGGACACUGGAAAUUUUCUGCCACUUCUUCCACAAGGUGCAUGUGUGUGUGUUUAUGCAUCAUUCAUUAACUUUGAACAUUCCUAUCCAAUUAUUUGUGCAUCUUGGUUAUUUUCUUUCUUGCAAUAACAAAAUUAUAACUGCAGAUUUCUGGUCAGUAAAGCAUCUGACCUCUAUGGUGAACUUUGUAGUUUAUUGAACAAGUGGUUGAUUAGUUGUCUGAACUCCAUUCUAACAGCUGAAAGUUUUCUAGAGAAGAAGAUGGCUGCUGCUUUGAACUAUUUAUUUGUGUAGUUUAUUUAAAUUUCAUCCCAAGUUUUUGGACAUGUCUUAACUUAAGUAAAAGCAUUUCCCCUUUAUUUGUAUGGAGUUCAAUAACCAUUACUCUCUCCUUUGAGCGAAUAGCAAGAUCACCUUCCAAUGAUGAUUCAGAUUAUGUCAAAACUAAUAAAUGGGGAGAAUGUGUGUAAAAGCACAAAAGCCUCAUGUGAACCUGCAUUUUCUGUUAUCCCCUCUAACUGGAAUCAUAAUACAAUUGAAAUCCCAUAUAUAGCAAAACCCAAUGGAGAGGAUAAACUGUGCUGUUGUCCCUAUUUUUCCUUUACAAAAUAUAGGGAGGGAAAAAUAGGAGACAAUGUUAGGAAUUGGUCUUGUAUGACAGUGGUAGUGGCCCAUCUCAGAAAUCUAUUUACCUUAUCACCUGGAAUUCAGUUUAUCCAGACAGAUCUGCAAUCUGCCAGCAUGCCUGAAUAGAAAUCCACUAUUCUUUCAUUUGCAUCACUUCUGAUUUAUUGAGAAGAGUAUUAUAAAAUUAAAAUCUGACAUGUACCAAUACUAUCUUUCUUGACAUCCUGCAAUAUGUGAGAAUACAAGUGCUUGAAACUGAGGCUCCCUGGAAUACUAAUUUACUGAGCCAAUGCAUAAAGUGUGGACCUCCUUCACAGUUGCUUUAACCCUGGUAUCGGGCAUUGUGUGAUAACAACCUUGGUUAAUUCCAGCUAUGGGCACAUUGCUGCUCCCUUCCACUUAGCAGUGGACACCAUCUCCUUCCUGUUGUUGCUGCAGAGAUGUCCCAAGGAAGGAAGCAGAUAGGAUCAGUUGCCGAGAUCAUGACAAAGUAGUAUGAUUUAGCUGCAUGCCUUUGCAGUGCUGAAUUCUUGCUUCCCUGACUUAGCUGUGCUUUUCAUUUUGAGCAACAUUACUGAUGGUUAUGAGUUUCUAAGGGGUGGAGGUGCAAACUUUUUAAAAAUUUCCCUCUUUGCUUUGAUCUCUGGUAGCAGUCACUCUGAUAUUUUGCUGCAGGAUCAAGUGGCAGCCAAGUGGGGAAGAACCUUGAGUUUCUGCAGCAUGCAAAUCCAGUUCACAGACACUCUUACAGCAGGAAGGUGUUGCAGAGCCCUUUCCAUCAGGCCCUCAUAAAAACAUCCUGUAUGAAGGGAAGCUUGCUGAGGCCUGACAGUCCAGGCCCGACUCUGGAGCCUCUGGUUAGAUUUCCCAAAUGCUUUCUAGCUGGCCAAUUCUGUUGAUGUGCAUGCAUGCCCUCUUCUACCUUGUGCACUGACUUUUCUAGAUUUGCUAUUUAAACUGCGGUGAUGUAAGGAAAUGGAUAUUUUAAAAAUAGGUAUGUAUUUUGGAGAAGUUCUAUUAAUAUAUUAUGGAUGUGAAAUGGUUCUUUUGAAUGCAAGGCUGUCUUUUUGAUUUUCUUAAGACUGUGAAGUAAAGAUAAGCUACAUCGAA